AUGUUGUCAGUGGUAAUUAGGCCGGCUCAAUUCGCAACCCGCGGUCUUUCCUCUCACUCACGACUCAAUCAGUCCAAUAUCGAUCGGUGUGAAACCAGCGAACAAUGCUCCGAUUCAUCUGGAUUCACAGUCCAACUUCUCGCACUGGCUUGUGCUGAGUUUGUCGAGGUUGUCUUGGUCACCCGACUGCCGAAAUCUCCUUCUCAAGAAAACUCCACAUAA